GACUAGUGAGUGUAAAAAGCCAUUAUUCCCGAUGUAGUGCACUUAUCUAGGGCGGUAGGGAGCAGUGUGGGAUUAAGCCGCUGACUGCUUGAUACGUAUCCACCAAAGGCGUUGAUGGUUGGAAGUUAGGAUUUUGUUGUUGUUGUUGUUGUUGUUUUUACUUGCACUUUGUUUCUUGUCAGUUGGAGUUGUUUUGGUUUUAAAAGCAGGACAGAGGUCUGGCCAAAUUGCCACACUGAGUAAACAUCGAAACGCUUCACUUUUCCAAGCUUUGUGGAGUUCCGGCUUCUUCGACUGCCAUCUGCUUUACUUCCGUUAUUGUCCUCCUGAAUGUUACAUAGUUAUUACAAGUGAUAGGGCAUACACUGAGUUUGAUCAUUACGGAAGUGAGAACGCACUGUAAGAUUUGUUAAUUGUGUAAGUAGUCUAGGCAGUAAAAUGGCGAAGUUUGUGGUCAUUAUGGUGUUUAUUUUGUCCACACUGACUCGAGAGAGUGUGUGUACUGUGUCAGAAACAGCCUCGAGUAUGUGGCAAAGUGCACAGUCCGCCGUUAAGAGCCUGGGUGAUGAUGCUCACUCCUAUCUAGUCUCCCUUUUAGGUAAACAGUCAGUCGACACACUGCAAAAGACCAUCGGGGAUGCCAUAAAAGUGACAUCGCAGGCCACAGCUAACGCUCUGAAUGUAGUGGCAGCAUACAUCACAGAUUUUCUGGGUGAUGCAGGAAUUGAUGCCAAACUGCCAGUCAAGCGCUUCACCCCUGAAGGUGUUGUCUUCGUGGCUUACUGGGCAUUGCUGGCUGUGCUUGGAUACUGGCUGCUGUCCUUGGCAGUUUGUCUGCUUACGGGUGUUGUUAGAAGAACUUUGUUUCUGCUAAAAGUCGCCUUUGCCAUUGCCACAUUCGGGCUGAUUGUGAGUGAUGGUGGAGCCAGUGCCGAAACCACAGCAAUGAGACUAGCGGCCUUGGUGUUUGCUUGUGUCCUCCUGGGCGUCGGACCUUCGACUUUCAGGGGAGACGCCAAUGCCCGCCUGGAGCAAAAAGUCAAGGUGCUUGAGACACGGAUGAGAGAGAUGGAGAGGAAGAGAAAAGAAGAAUGAGAGCCACUAAAAUUCAAUAAAGGAUUGAGCUACAGUUAACCUGGGCCUGUUAGCCCUAAGGAACAGAGAUUUUGAAUCUGUGUUGGAUGAAUGGAUGUGACCAUGUCAUUGACUCAGUAGUGUAUUAGACUUUUUGAGUUUAUUGACAUGUCGGAGCAGCAAAAACACAAAACCUGUAGAGUUACUCUAGUACUAAUGUUGGAAAACACUGAUUUAUGAGUGGAAGGUGUUUGGGUGGACUGACUUUUUAUUAUUUGGCAAAUAUUUACCCAGCUUCCUGUUACAUUCAGACAAAUGGAUUACUUGGAAUGUGUUGUGGUUUGAAUAUAUUUAUUUAUGUCUUAUUAAUUGUGUACAUUUUCUUAGUUUAAAAUGGACAUUUGUUUUUCCAAAACACUGCAUAAUUAAAAGGGAGAUUGUGGAAUUCGA